AUGGAUGCAGACAUGCCAGCAGCCCCGACACCAACCACUCGUUCGGCUGUCAAUGUGCCACGCCAAGCGGCUGCCCCAGUUGCGGCUGCCCCAGUUGCAGCACCCCGAACAACCACACCAACGGCGCCUCGGAAUGGAAGGGUAGCAUUGCCGCCAACACCCGCGCUUGUCGUCGACCCACAACGCCGUAGAUGUCCUCUAUGUCGUCGACCCCACCGGCUGCCACAAUGCGUCAUCUUUAAGGGAUUGCCACCUCAACAACGCCUGUUGGUCGUGCAGGCGCACGGCCAUUGUCUGAAUUGCCUGACGCCUGUCCACCAAACUCACGAGUGUACGUCGGGCAAUCUGUGCCAAAUUUGUAUGCGGCCGCAUCACACCAUGUUGCACCGAAUCACUAGGAAUGACACCCGUCAACAACCUUCCGGCCGCAACCGCGGCGCAGUACGACGACCUCCAGUAAGCCGGGAUGCGCGGCGCCGUCGAACGAGUGGGCCAUCAUCAUCCCAUGCCCGACGGCCACACAAUGGGGCAUCAACACGACGCCAGCAACCACGACCACGUCCACGCCUCGCCUCAGGCCUUAGCAGCGUCGUAGCCACACUCCAGCAGCUUCAAAGCAUUCUAGGCUGA